AUGGAGGAGCUGGACAUGGAUGGCGAGAAGGCGGCCAGACCCGAGUUCGCCUACCCCUACUGCUAUGAGGACCAUGAGGUCGCCUCCUUGUGCGCGCAUGAGCUCCUGAACACCCCCAGCAGCAUGUUCCUGCUCCUCCCCGGCAGCAAUCUUAGCGGCUUCCUCCGCUGCAUCCUUCCCUAUGCUGGCUACCUCUUCAAGAAGUUCAGGCUCUUUGAUUUGAGGGGCUACAAGCAAAGACAACAAGCAAUGGUAAAGAAGCAGAAGCAUUUGAGAGCCAGGGACGUGGAGCAAGAUGGUGAAGGCAGCAGGACCAAAAAGAGCGAAUGA